AUGUUAGAAGCCAAAUUCGAACAAGCAUCCCUUUUCAAAAGAAUCAUUGAUGGUUUCAAAGAUUGUGUCCAACUAGUCAACUUCCAAUGUAAAGAAGACGGUAUAAUUGCACAAGCUGUGGAUGAUUCUCGUGUCCUUCUAGUCUCUUUAGAAAUAGGAAAAGAUGCGUUCCAAGAAUUUAGAUGUGAUCAUCCAAUCACUUUGGGUAUGGAUUUAAAUUCUUUAUCGAAGAUCUUACGUUGUGGUAAUAAUACAGAUUCAUUAACUUUGAUCGCGGAUGAUACCCCUGAUUCUCUACUUUUAUUAUUUGAAGACACAAAGAGAGAAAGAAUCUCAGAAUAUUCUUUGAAGUUGAUGGAUAUUGAUGCAGAUUUCUUGAAGAUUGAAGAAUUACAAUAUGAUACUACUAUAAUGAUGCCAUCUGCAGAUUUCAGUAAAACCGUUCGUGAUUUAAGUCAAUUGAGUGAUUCUUUAAAUAUAUUGGUUACAAAGGAAACAAUUAAAUUCGUUACAGAUGGGGAUAUUGGAUCCGGGUCAGUGAUAAUGAAACCAUUCAUUGAUAUGGAAAAUCCUGAUGAAAGUAUUAAAUUAGAAAUGGAACAACCUGUCGAUUUAACUUUCGGUUCUAAAUAUUUAUUGGAUAUAGUUAAAGGGUCUGCCCUUUCGAAUAAAAUUGGUAUAAGACUAUCAAGUGAAGCUCCUGCUCUUUUCCAAUUCGAUUUGACAAGUGGAUUUUUACAAUUUUUCUUAGCUCCAAAGUUUAGUGAUGAAGAAUGA